AUGGAGAAGAUUUGGCCAUACUUGGCAUUUGCUUUGGUAAUGUGCUUGAUAAUCAGCAAUGUAGCGGCCGAUCACGAUUCUUGUGGACGUGAUCCACCACCACCGUACUACUAUGCAUCACCUCCUCCACUUCCAUACGUGUAUCCAUCACCACCUCCUCCACCUCUAUACAGGUAUAAGUCACCACCGCAAAAUUCGAUCUGGAUUAAUCGUUUCGCACGUCAUUUUAAAAUUCAUUUGGUUAUUGGGGAUUUCACUAUAAAAGCUAUCAAGCCCACCCGUGUAUUGCACACAAUAGUAAUGGAAAUCAUCCUUAAUUUGUGUAGAGUAGAAGUGCAAAGUGGUGGAAGUUUUAAGUGUCUUGUUCUGCCCAAAAUGGCCAAGAUUUGGCCACACUUAGCAUUUGCUUUGGUAUGGUGCUUGAUAAUCAACAUUGUAUCGGCCGAUGACAAGCCUUAUGGUGAUCCUCCUCCUCUUCUAUCACUACCACCACCUCCGUACUUCUAUGCAUCACUUGCACCUGCACCAUAUGAAUAUGAGUCUCCACCAUCUCCUGAGUACUACUCACCACCACCGUACUACUAUGCAUCACCUGCACCUGCACCAUACGAAUAUGAGUCUCCACCAUCUCCCGAGUACUAUUCACCUUCUCCUUCUCCUUCAUAUGUUUACAAAUCACAAACACUUAUGCCAUAUGAGUACAAAUCGCCAACACCUUCUCCGUACAUGUACAAAUCGCCUCCUCCCCCUCCAUAUGAGUACAAGUCACCACCACCUCCUCCAUAUGUAUACAAGUCACCCCCUCCACCUCCUUAUAAGUACAAAUCACCUCCUCCUCCUCCAUAUGAGUACAAGUCACCACCUCCUCCUCCGUACAUAUACAAAUCACCUCCUCCACCUCCGUAUAAGUACAAAUCACCUCCUCCACCUCCGUACGUUUAUAAGUCACCUCCACCUCCUCCAUAUGUUUAUGAGUCACCUCCAUCACCUCCAUACACGUACAAGUCACAGCCACCUCCCCCAUAUUACAAGUAAUCUCUAGUCUCUCCCUCCGUUUACAGGUCCCCACAUCUUUCCAUCUUGUUUCAUCUCCAAGUUUCUACCUCUACCUCCUCAAAUUUUCAGGUCUCCGCUCCCACCAUCUAUAUUCCGUAUGACAAAAUAUUACUACAGUAGUUGCUUCUUUACUCGCCUUGCAGUUCCACUUUUAUUUGGUUUUAUCCAAGAUGGAGGCAUAUGUUUGUUGUUGGUGUAAUAAGAGAAAGGCAUGCCUUUAUUACCACAAGCAAUCACCAGUUGGUUUUCAGUAAACCCUAGUGAUUACCGAGGGUUGAGGUUUCGCUAUGUUCUCCAUAAACUUUCAUUUAUAUUAAUGAUUUAGACUCUCA